AUGAAAAUACUAAAGCCAAAAAGCGAAAAUGAAAUUCAAGAUAUUAUUAAAGACGCAGUAAACGCUGCAACGCCAACAAUUGUUCGAGUUAUCGGCUCAAACCAUUCAUGGUCACGGGCGAUUUUUGACGCAAAGGAUAUUCCAAAGACUACCAAUGUUAAGUUUAUUUCCUUAACGAAUCUCAGAGGUGUGGAAAAAUUCGAACCCACAAGUGAACAAACCGCUACAGUCACUGUUUGGGCCGGCACUAAUAUUGGAAAAGAUCCACGAGAUAAAGAUUCAACUCUCGAAAACAGCCUAACAUAUCAACUGGAUCAACAUGGCUACUCAUUGCCAGACACCGGUGGCAUUAGUCAUCAAACUGUCGGCGGUUUCCUUUCAACAGGCUCAGCAGGUGGCUCUCUAGUUCAUAGUAUUGACGAAGCAGUCAUUGGUAUACGACUUAUCGAUGGUACUGGCACAAUUCAUGAUCUUACGGAGAAAGAUAACGAUAAGUUUCUAGCUGCCGGUGUCUCGAUGGGGCUUCUAGGAAUCAUUACAAAAGUUACCUUCAAAUUGCAAAAAAAAUUCUACAUCACUGGUAUUCAAACAAUAUCUCCAAUUAAACCUUUAUCGCGGGACAUUAAUGUCGGUUGUCCGAUUGAUUUUUUUGGAAUUGGCGAUAAAGAUCAGGGAAUUCCAAGUAUUUCAGAAUUUUUCUCUAAUAAUCGUGAUUAUGAUACCGAUUACUCUCGCAUUCUCUGGUGGCCACAGGAUGGGUUGGAUCGCGUAUCUAUCUGGAAGGCGAAAAAGAUCAGUGAUAACAAUGGGCCUAUUGAUCAUUUUAAACAACCUUCAAUAUUCAUACAGUUUUUCGGCAAAGUGAUCCUUGCCUUUUUGAAUGUCAUUGAAUUCCCGGGGAAGAUAUAUAAUAAGAUUGCAGCAUUUUUGUUGAAAAAUUUCAGCGAGAUCGGUGUCGAAUAUUUCCAAGAUCGUUGGUGGAAUGGUUUGCCCAUGGAUAACGAUAUUUGUGAUCAAAUCUUACCAGUAGCUUUCACAGAGUUGUGGAUAUCGUUUGAUAAAACCAAAGAUGUCAUGAAUAAGUUGCAAGAACUUUUCACUAAUGAACCAAAAUCCGUUGGUAACUUUAUAACAGAAAUUUACACUGCCAAGAAAAGUCGGUUUUGGCUUAGCCCAGCCUAUGAAAGAGAUGUUAUACGCAUUGACCCCUUUUAUUUUCUUGGAAAUCUUCGCGGAACUCCGGAAGAUCAUUUUCGGUUUUAUUGGAACGCUUUGAAGGAAUACAAUUUCCGCUGUCAUUGGGGCAAGUAUACGCCAGAUGAAUAUGGCAACGAAGUUCCAGGUCUUUUCUCCAAAUACGAGAAUUGGAUGGCUAUUAGACAAGAAAUGGAUCCUCACCAGAUUUUUGUCACUCCUUAUUGGAGAAGUCGUCUUACUAUUCCUAAUAUAAAUUAG